GAAGUGCCGUGUGCCCGCUGCAGUGCUCGGGCGGCACACCACGGGACGGCACGGGCACGGUGGGCACGAGGACCACCACCACUAACCAGCACCACGACGCUGGUCAGGACGAGCGCGUCUGUCGUGCCGCCGCGCGCUGCCGCUACCUCCGCCCACCGUGCUUCUGAACUUAUACCGCAUAACGCAGCAGGAAAAGACGUUGUCAUUGAGCUCGUUCCGUGCCGGCCAAGUGUGACUCGACGUUGUCAACGACAGCGAAAACGAAGACGACAAUGUAGUGUGCUUGGUGGGAAAGUGAUGUGACCGUGACCGCCCUCAGCAACCCUCGUGGAAUAGUGACAGUGGACGAAUGCUCGAGCGGACAGACAGCGGGCAGGUACCUGUACCACCAGUAGCUCGACGACCAUGUCGUCUGACGAAGCGCCCCAGCCGCAGGCGGCGCAGCCGCAGCCCCAGGUGCAUCACCGCGAGCCUCGGCUGGAGCCACCGCCAGGCAACCAGCUGCGCGUCAGCUGGUGCGUGGUCAGCGAGGAGAUCGUGCAUGGCGGAGUCCAGGAGACGAGCCUCAGCGAGGCGUCCAGCAGCUGGGGCGUGGGCACCCCGGGCGGCGGCGUCAAGGCGGAGGGCACGCUGCUGCCCUCGCCCGCCAGCCCGUCGGCCGUGAUCGUGAGCCCCGAGACGCUGUCCAGGCACUCGUCGCGGCAGUCCUCGCCCGGCUCGGCCCGCGCCGCCCACCACCACGCCUCCGCCAGCACCGCCGCCCUCGUCGAGGCGGGCGCGGCAGGGGCGGCGUCCUCGGCCGGCGCAGCCACCACCCGCGGCGCGCCCACGCAGGCCUACCUGCCCCCGAGCCGCUCCAUGGUCAGCUCGGUGCGGUACGCCGCCGCGGGCACCGGCCCCGGACCAGGGUACAUGAUGGCCGCCAUGCCUUACCACCACCAGCACCACCACGGGCACAUGCCCGGACACCUGCCCGUGCAGAUGCCCAUCUCCGCCCUCAAGCGACCGUCGCGCAUCGAGCAGCUGCAGCUCGACUGGAAGCAACUGGGCACGGACGCCCUGGCCACCACGCUGUCGGCGCUGUACGGCAAGCUGAUCGUCGUCAUGGGCAUCGCCUUCCCCAUGGCCGAGGUCAUCUCCACUUACAUCCCUCCCUCCUUCUACGAGGGCUUCUACCUCUACCUCUACUUCGGCAGCAUGCUCUUCCUGCUCUACAUGUACGCCAUGCUCCUCAAGGACAAGGCGGCCGCCUCCGUCAGCAACUCGUUCAAGCGUUCCAAGCGCACCAAGUCCAUCUCGUCCAACUCGGACAGCGACUCGGCGCCGCCCUCGCCCAGCCCGCACACGGACACGGAGCUGAGCACGGCCACGGAGCAGGAGCGCUACCGGGCCGCGGCCUACCGCCGCCAGUCGGGCCAGUUCUACCACCAGCAGCACUACGGCAGCUUCUACCUCCGCAUGGGGGCCGUAGCCUUCGGCAUCGGCAGUAUGAUAUACUCGGGUCUUGAGUUUGGCCAGUACUUUGAACUGGAGAGGAACACCAAGUGCCACAACGUGCUCCUGGCCCUUACCCCCGCCACGCGCAUGGCCUUCAUCUUUAUACAGAUGUACUUCAUCUUCCUGAACAAUGAGGAGAUGAAGGUGUACAAGCACCGCACACUGGCGCGGUUCGGCCUCAUGCACAUGAUCGGCACCAACCUCUCCGUGUGGCUCAACGUGCUCAUCCAGGAGACCAAACACGAGAUUCUCACCUUCUACAACCCGGAGAACAAGACGCUGGGCCUGCCGAUGCAGCGCGUCCCGCAGCACGGCGUCAAUUGGUUCAACUUCCCGUUCAACACCUCGGCGUCGCCGACGCUGCCCACCUACCCGGUGCCGGACCUGCCGCUGUCGCACGGCCACGGGAUGUCCCACCUGCGGGUGGCGCGCGGCCUCAAGGGCCCGCACCACAUGUACGAGUGCCGCCGGACCAACAUCAUCGGCUCGCUCGUGCAGGACGCCAGCCCCUUCCUCUUCCCCUGCACCAUCGAGUACUCGCUCAUCUGCGCCGCCAUCCUGUACGUCAUGUGGAAGAACAUCGCCAAGAUGACGCCCACCACGUCCUCCUCUCACUCGCUGUCCUCCAAGCUGGAGCGCGCCGGUGCCGGGCUCCCGGGCCCCUACUACAAGCGCUCGCCCCACCACUACUCGGUGGACUGCGCCCGCGCCCACAAGGGCCUCUUCGUCGGCAUCCUCAUCCUCGUGCUCACCAUCCUCUCGCUCAUCCUGUUCUUCGUGCUCACGUCGCGCAAGGAGUUUGUGUACCUGGCUGUGAUCGAGGUCAACAUCUGCGAGUUGUCUCUCUACGCUAUGUCCACCAUCGCCACCCUGCUCGGCAUGCUCAAGGUGCGUCAGUUGCGGUAUGAUGGAUCGCGAAACCUCGAACUGGACAGCAUUUUGCUGAUUGGGGCUCAAACAGGGAUGUUCCUAUACAGUAUGUUCACCGUGAUUGGAGGUCACUUUACCAUGGAGAAAAACACAGCCCUUGUUUUGAUUACCGCGUUGGCCUCACUGGUGCAAACUACAUGCCAAACUAUGUUCGUAUUGGAUGCCUCUCGUCGCUCCUGUGUCACCCCAGAACAGAUUCGACGCAAGCCUGGCAGGGAGAUUGUUACCUUCCUUCUUGUGACUAAUCUUGCCAUGUGGGCAAUUAACACACUUGAAAAGUCACGUGCUGAAUCACAUCCUAUUCAACUGAAUUUCUAUGGACUGUGGGCAUGGACAAUAAUAACUCAUGUUUCAAUGCCACUUGCCAUAUUUUAUCGCUUUCAUUCCACUGUUUGUUUGUGCGAAAUUUGGAAGAAAGCUUAUAAAAUGAAGCCAGUAUACAUGUAAAAGAAAGUACAAACAAAGUAUCAAGGCCAAAGAUGCAUUUCUCUUGAAAAUCAGAAAUGUCUUGUAUUGUAAUUUGGACACCUCCAAAUAAUCAAACAGUUGUGUGUAUUCAUUUGACCAAUGCCAUUCUGAGAUAAUAUCGUAGAUCUAGAAACCCUUUAUGAUUUAUUUAUUAAUUUUUUGUGUUGUGCCAAAUGUAAUGCUGGUAUUCAUAUGUAUAUUCAGCAUGAGAUGAAAGUAUGCCAAAUGUCUUGUACAUAAUUAGAAGGUAGUGAUAAUGACUUUUAAGAAAAUAAUUCAAAAAUACUCUUGAUUCCGUGCUUACCAAGAUUUUGUUUUGUGAUUAAAUAUUAUUGUUUUGUGGCAUAAUGUAAAGAAACUACACUUAAUGUCACAAAGGAAGGGUAUGUCAUCCCAGUUCUUUAUGGUAACAAAAGAACUGAAUGGUUGAUCCACCAUUGUAGAUUAUAUCCUGGUAAUUUGUUGAGAAUUUUGGGGUAAAAUACAUAUAUUUCUGUCAGUUUCCAAAGAAUUUCAUUGAAUGGCCUCCCUAGUCUCAUGUUACAAAUAAAAUGCUUUUCUUGCGUAAGUUCUGUGGAAACUGACAGAAAUGACUUAAUGUUGUGGUAAGAUGGUGUUAAAAGAAGCACCCUUAUUGUACAGUUACCUUUUGAUAAGGUAAACAUGCCACAUCUAAUUUAUUCAAAGGCUUAUUGUAAAAAUGUAAUUUAACAUCUUUUUCAUUUAAAUUUCAAACUAUUUAUCAAUAAACUUGUCAAAAUAGAGUUAUCAAUAAGUUUCCUAAAUUAGGGGGUGACUAUGAUUUGGGUAAUAAUCUACAUUACCUUACCUUGGGGAAACAAGCGGCAUCAUUUUGAAUGACCGGCAUGUAUAUAAAGUCCAAAACUGCAGAGCAAAAUAUCAAAAUAUUUCCUUACUUUCAAAAUUUCUAAUUAUGUAGGUAAAAUUCCCAAACAAUGACUGCAGAAAAUCCUGGGAUCACUUGUUUGUCUGACUAACUCACUUGGGAACAAAAACUUGAAGUACCUCUAGGAUGCUGCCAAGGACUAUCAUCUUUUUUCAUGUAAAACUAAUGACUGUUUCAUUUUAGCAACCAAAAUGUAGCUUUACUAAAAUGAAGGCUUAAACCCUCACAAGCCCCCACUCAAUGAAUUAAAAUUUGUGUUUAUCUGUGUUUCCUCUUUGCAAUAAGAAAUAUCUAAAAACUUGUACUGAUUGACUGGGUAGUUUACAUGAUAUCUUUUACCUCAAAAAUAAUUCUGGUGACUGUCUCAGGGGGCAACGCUAAGGAUAGCGCCUGCUGCGCGCUGGGUAGGCCAACCCGCCAAGCAGCUGUGUGAAGUCGGUGGCCCUCCCAGAGCACCCAAGUGCGGCGGGCAGAGAACGUAUGACGCCCAACUUUACUUCCUGUUGCCUAGGGGAACGUCCAUUGUGGAAACACCUUAAACGUAGUUAUAACUCACGGCAUGCAGGCGAGUCUAUCUCUACUGUCGCUGGCCCCAAGCUGGCAACCGGGCAACCCGCCCACACAUGUGUAUGCGGUACAGUACAACUACGAAAGUAGAAGGGACCCGGUAGGUUCAUGUAGCAUGCAGAGAUAUGAAUCUAAAACAACAUAACAAUGAAACACAGAUUUUUAAGUAGACUAAAGAUAAUGCUACAAGCCUCAUGUGAUACUGCUUUUGAUACUCAUUUUAAAUUUCCAAUCAUAUCUACUCUUUGAAGCAUAUCUUUCUCUACUAUACUUCUACUGAAAAUUAUUUAGCUGUUUGGCUUGCAAGCAAAAGCAUUUUUAAUCUAGCUUUUGUUUUCUUACUAUAAGAAAAAUGAAAAUUUGCUGUGUAGUCCUUACCCUACCUCCUACUGUGCGCUUAUUUCCACGAGACGUACUAUCUGGUAGAGUCUGAUGUAAAAAUCCAUUUUGCUUUCUCUUUCUAUAUACAUAUAGCAGUAAGAAGUUUCUCAAUCUUAUAUGAGACCAAGAAAGUGUUAAUUGAUGUAUAAUGUAGAAAUGUUAUAAAGCUGUUUAUGUUGAUUUUUCAUUUUGUUGUUCGGUCAUGUUGUGAAAUAUGAAAGAGAAUCACAAUACCCACAUGUGUUCCAAUCUGAAUUAAUGUAAUGUUAAUAUUAAGUGGAAAGCUUUAUAUAAAUUGUACUGAGUCAUUUGUAAGCUUUAAGCAUGAUGAAAUUAAUGAAAUACAGAAUACUGCUCAUGUGUA